AUGGAUGAAAGAGAUAAGAGCAGAGACUGUAGCGUUGAUGUUUCUGUGGCCAUUCGUAUUCGUCCACUUAAUUCCAGAGAAAAGGCUGUUGGUGAAACCGGAUAUGCUUGGGGUCAUAAUUCCAGCAUGAUCUGGACGAAUACUGCCACUGUAGCUGGGUCCAUGGCUCAGAUGAAUGACCAGCGAUGUGCAAGUUUUUCAACAGGAACUAGUGCCGGUAUUAGUGCUGCCUCAACGACUUAUACGUUUGUUCUUGUUCCAAACAACGUGUACCAUAUGGUGCACAAUCAAACUAUAGUUUUGAACUGA